GAUAUCAAGGAUAUCACGGUCGUUCGCCCUUCUCAUCGUACUCUCGCUUCUGAGCUUUGUCGAGGGAACUCAUUUUAUGAAUACCUCCCCUUCCCUUUUCUCCGGUAGUACCCAUACUAAGUUUGAACUUACGUGAUGACCUGAUGUCUGGACACAGCGAGUUGGAGGUUGUUAAUCAGCCUUUCGAAUAUUAUGGUCCACAGCAGCAAGACAAAUUGAGUCCAGUUGUUGGCGGCAGCAGACAAACAGAUGAGGAUGGGCGCCCAUACUAUCAAGAAGAUACAAAGUUCAUAGGGAUGCCAGUAUUCCCUGCGGAACUUCCAUUCGAUAAUUAUAACCAGUCCCCAAUCGCACUUUCACACAGGACAUCAUCAAAUUUAUCAGCCCAACAAUAUAGCGCUUGCUCGGAGGCUCCAUCAUCACCGGCACUACACAAUGCACCUUUGAUCAAACAGCCAGUGUCGACGGAGAAAGAAGCAAUAGUAUAUACAGAGGGAACGCAGAAGAAACGAAGACCGUGGAAAUGGUACAUCUUAGCUGGUGUCCUCGGAAUCAUCAUAGUCAUAGCGGCAGUGAUUGGAGGAGUUGUCGCAUCUAAGAAGAAGAGCGUAGCUUCUGUCGAUGAGAUACCCGGUAACACAGAAUCAUCUAAUAGCUCAUCACCCACGACUUCGACGACGACUCCAUCAACAAGCAAUUCGCCCACUUCAACAAACAGUGCAUCGCUGGCGGCCUCUACCGUUGCUCCAUUCCAAAGAAAUCUUGCCGCGAUAUCCUACGAGUCCAACAACGUCAAUAACUCUAGAGUUUAUUAUCAAGACAAUCAGGGCAACAUACUGGAAGCACAUAACAAUGCAUCGAGUGAGAACUGGUCAAUAAGUUCAGUUGUUACCGCUAAAAAUGGUUCAUCGUUUGCUGCCGCUGUGACGAUGCCUCAAAAUGAUUUCGAAAUCACUGUAUUAUACUCAGAUUCCGAAAAUCUUCUUCACGAUAUCAUAUAUGAUGUCGCUUCAGAUUCAUGGAAAGAAGGAACCUUGUCUUCUGAGAAGUACAUAAUCUCAGAGGAUUCAAGAGUUGCGGUGAUGUACUGGCAAUGCGCCCUAUGCACAAAUACCACCAUCAUCGCUUUUCAAGAUGCGAACAACAAAAUGCAGGUUGGAAACUUGACCACCUCGGGCUGGGUUUUAACCCAAAUCAGGGUUGAUGUUGUUGAGAAUACCGGCCUUGCGUUGCAGCCAUUUUACCGUCCAGAUGCAGCAGAUCAAAUAAACUUGUACUAUCAAAAUCCGAGUAGCGUCAUGACCAUUUCAGCUUGGGAAUAUGCUAAUCAAGCUUGGAGGUUGGAUGCCGCAUCGUACUAUUCCUGCACAUUCGGCGUUCCAAUCGCUGCAUCUGCAUCUUACACACAUGUUGACUUUACUGGCGACGUGGAAACGGGUUUCGAAACUUGGGGGGAAACACUCGUGAUGUCGCGUAAUGGUAUUAAAACAAACACGUAUUCGGGAGCUAUUAAUACUUGGUCGGCCAUGGGGACUCAUCCGUCAGCAAUGUCAAACUCCACACAAAAUCCGAAAGUGUUCAAAUCCAUAGCAGUUACCGCGAUUGGAGCUGCGUUUGCGGUUGUGGAAAUUGAUGGGAAAGCCGACGAGAUCGAAGCGUUUCAAGUGCAAGACGACGCGGUCAAUUGGGACACGGCUGGGACCGUCGAUAUUGGCGAUAUUUGGGGGUAAAUGAAAAAAAAUUAUAAUGCAUGUGUUUAUGGGAUUAUGGAAUUCUUGUACAUAAAUAAAAUUCGAGGGUUCGGUACCCCUUUCUUUCCUAGGCUAUAUUCGCCCUAAAUAUUCUUGUCAAUGUUUAGAUGUCUUUUUCUUUCUUGGGUUUCAAUGUUUGUAUCCUGGAAAGUCGCA